GACACACUCAGCGUUAAAAGUCAAGAAAAAAGUGUCUCAUCUGAGGUGCCAGCGUUUCAGGCCGUCACUGUGGCGGCUGUCGCGGCCUCGCACACUGGACUGGUGCUCGUGCCGCGCCUCACGUCGACGUCUGCCUACCGUUAGCCAGACAGCUCUUCAUCCUGCCGGAGCGAUGUGGACGGCGCGCCUGUUCGUGAUGGCCGCAUGUGCCGUGGCGUGCUGCUCCGCCCAGGACGGCAUCCACUCCAUGCUCAACCAGCUUGCAGUACAGAACACAGGGUCAGAUGUUCAGUCCCUCUCCUCGUGCAUGAUCUCCACCCGGGACCUUAUCUCCACCGCCCAGAGCACCGCCACCAGGGUCCUGCAGGGCGUGUGCAACCCUCGCGAGCUGAACAACCGGUUCGUGACCCUGGAGAGGCAGGUGGCGGACCAGUUCAACGUGAUCAAGACAAUGGUGCUGAAUAUUGAGAACCAGCUGAGGGGCCAAGACCAGAUGAUCCGGAAGAACCACGGCAAACUGCGCAAAGAACUGAGAGCUCUGGGCGGGUCUGGCGCCUCCUCAAGCAGGCCAGGCACGGGAGACUCGAGAGCCAGCUACUCCCCGGGAGAGAAUGUAGCAGAGGCUGAAUAUGAAGACGAUUACGAGGGGCAGGAGGGAGAGGCUGAGAGUCCACGCGACCCGGAGAUCUAUCGUUUCAACUCCACCAUGCACCAGGUGAACGGGGAGCGAGUGUUCACUUACUACUGGAGGAUCAGGGACAUCACGUACAAGAUGGAAAACUGGGGCAGAAGUCGCUCCCUCCGCUCCAGCAGCUUCUACAUCUUCCAGGGCGGCUACCGAAUGUACCUGAGAAUCUUCCCUAAUCAACAAGACGAAACCUUCUACGUGCACGUGGGUCUGACGCAAGGUGAGUAUGACAACAACCUGGAGUGGCCGUUCAGACUGAAGCAUCAGGUGAGGAUUAUGGAUCACACCAGCCCCCCCGAGGACUUGGUGAGCCGCCUGUGGGACCCGAGGCAGCUUUGUUCAGAGUGGCACUGGCGCCGACCAGACUCAGGAGACAACUACGAGUGCGUGGGUCUCGGCUUCGCCAAGGAGACACUGCUUUCCAGGAAAUACAUAAUCAAUGAUACCGUAGUGAUCAAGCUGACUGUGCUGCUUAACUACUAAGGGACAUAAGCACAGAGGUUUUCAGAAGGGAGACGGUGAGGAAAAAGGGAAUAAUAUUGAAAUAGCAACGUUUUUAUCCGAGUUUUAGACUAGCUUAGAUAAAGUUAGAUUUAGAUUAAUGCAUUUCUUUAAUAUUAUAGCUAAUUCCUUCGUUGUGUAGAUCACUAUUUUUAAAAAAGGCAUAAUAUUUUACUAAAAUAAUCAGCGUUGAAAUUAGUAAGUUAAGGUUGCUUCCAAUAACUCCCGAAAGAGGUUUCCAUAAGGAAGGCGAUGAGGAAAGAGGUCUGGAUGGUUGAUUGACUUACUUGCCUGGAGGGUGGAAGACGAGCGGGAAUAAACAAGCAUGAAAGGGAAGAAAUGGCGUGGUGUGGGAUGUGAUGCUUCAUAAAGCCCAGGCAAGGAGAUCAAGAAGUGCGGGGAAAAAAGGGGAGUAGGGUAUAAAGGGAGGAUGUGAUAAAUGACGAGGAAAAAAUAUUAUAUAGAAUGAGACGUAACAAUUAAGUUUAUUAUUAUUAUUAUUAUUAUUAUUAUUAUUAUUAUUAUUACUACUACUACUACUACUACUACUACUACUACUAUUACUACUACUACUAUUAUCAUCCUCAUAAUGUUAAUUGUGAUAAUCAUCAUAAAAUUUUGUAUAACUGUAAUCAGCACCUUUAUUGUUACAUGACAAUAAUAAAAUUAUGGCAAUUGGCUUCA